GGGAGAGGGAAAAAAGGGGAGGAGACACCUUUGUUUCUCGGCUUUGGUUUGUAAACAAGAGGAAGUCUAGACUUCCAGCUGGAGCUUUUUCUGGGGGGCCACAGGUCUCUCUGUGGGGUGUCUCCCCCCACCCAAAAUCCGCACCAACACCCUCGCCCUGACCUAGACGGGCCUCGGGGAAGCCAAGGGGCUCCAUCAAAGACAGGCUUCUUCGGCAUUUCUCUUCUGUCAGGUGAGAUUGGUGGAGGGUGGCUAACGAAGUGGGCUCUGGAAGCAAUAUGCCACAAUAAAUUUGCUAGUCCUUAAAAUCCCAAGAAUACCGGUUUUGUGGGCGCCGGGGAGUGUUUACCUCUAAUGGGAAAUCGGGCUUUAGGGUGAGUGACUGCAGUGGGAGAUUGUAAGCACCUAAUCGCGGUGCAAUAAUCCGACCGAUACAAAUAGGUUUGGUGAAUAACAAGGGAUGGAAGACAUUCCAGCGGGUAAUUAAUUAUUUUGCGCCUCCUUACAGCAGGCACCUGUAAUAUGUUUCCCCGCAUUGUUUUAGCAAUGCCUGCCUGCACUUUGACCCGCUACAUAAAUGAUCUAGAAUAUGUUAGAAACAAAAGGGGGCAUUUUUCCUAAUGUAAAAGUAUGCCCCCUGCUUGUACUGGAUUUCAAAAGAGCUGUUACAUACUAAAAAAAAAGCCUCUACUGGGAAGGAAACGCUAUACUGUAUAUACAAAGGCUCUUAAUUUUCAAGAUCUUCUCAUUCAGGAUAAAAUGGCACCCUUUAUGUCUUGAGCGGUCUGUGGUGUUGUUGGCCCCUAGAAUACACGGCCAGCGCAAUAUUGAUUAGAGGCAUGGUGCCAAAUGGAAUCCUAACUGUCUAUGAGAACAUGUAAUUCUCUGUAUUUCCCAGGAGCCAGGAUGAUGAGCUAGAGCCAAAUAAAGGAAAUUUCCUUUUUUCCAGCUUGAAAUUUUGAUAUCUGACACGUUUUCAAUUUGAAUAGAUCCCUCCUCAUCACUACUUAGCCUUGAGAUCAAAUUUGACAUCUUUCAUAUUGAGGGACAUAAAGGUAUGACACACACACACACACACACACACACACACACAGAGAGUCUUCUGCCCAUCACAUUUUUAUUUUAUCAUAUUGUAUUCAUAUUUUAUCAUACUGUAUUCAUGUUUCCAUCAUUACAAGUAAUGGAAAAACAUUUUGGCUGAUUGGGUCUAAUAGGGAAGUUUACCUAAAACUGGCAAACUUAGCAACAGUUGCCUACUUCUAACCUACUGAAUGAAAAUCACAUUAUUUUCAUUUGUCAGAGAAUCCAACUAGAAAUUUCACUUAAUGAGUAUUCAAGCCUUAUGUUUAUAAACUGCUAUCAGACACCCCACUCUUUCCACCUUCCCUCCUUUUGCAUACACAUUACAUGUUUUGUAUUUAAUGGAUAAGGAUAUUAUUAAAUGUACAUUUUGUACAUUGGUAAUAUUUUGUAAUAGAUUUUUUGGGGGGUGGGGAGACCUAGGCAGCAACCCUAUACACACUUACCCAGAAGUAAGCCCCACUGAACUUAAUGGGCUUCCUCCAAGUAAACAGGCACAGAACUCCAUUGUAAUAUCUAACUUGGUUUACCCUCUCAGUCAUGGCCCCUCCCUCUUUCCCGAGAGGCUCCUCCCCAGUAUUCUGUUAACCCCUCCCUCCCUACUUCUUGAACCACACACUGUAUAACAUAUUUUCAUAAGAAACAGAUAGCUUAAAUAUUGUAUCCUACCCACAUUCAUGUCUUACUUUUCAUUACUAUAGAAAAUAUGAAUGCAAUGUUUAAGGUCAAGCCCAAAUUUAAUGUGGAAACUGCCAUCUUUGCCCUAAAAAGGAAGAGACCAAGGUCAAGACAGGCCCUGGGAUCGAAUAUACCUAUUUACAAGGUUGCCAUAUUAAAGCACCUUAAGAAACUCCUCCUUCGCAUUGUACUGCGUUUGCAUGUAGUGGUCCAUUGUUUUCUGCCAUGUGAAAGAAAGUCCCCAUUGUCUGAUGAGGUCAAUGUGUAAAGUGCAUUAUUAUGGAAAUUGAACCCUUGUUCAUAUCCUGAGCGCCUUUGAUCAUCAAAGUGGAACCUAGAUUACUUUAUUAUCAUUUGUAUCUAGCAGAUGGUCAACCACACAUUUAUCUGCUAAAUAAAAUGCCUACCUGUUAGCUAGUAUUUUUCACUGCCCAUGGGGCAAUGCUGUAUUUUGCACAGAAGAGGAACUAAAUCACAGACUGCCCCUUUACCAACCAUAUGCUCUCCAGUAAUGAGAUAAACCUUUUUGUUUCGAAUUUCUCUACAGUUUGGGGAAAAUUUUCACAGAGAAUUGGGGAGGGGGCCACAGAGGUUGUAUCCCAGAUGUAAAAUAAAACCCCUUUCUUUUACCUCCCUUUUUUCAUUCCUUUCAGUUUUGCCUCUACCACCUCUCCUCUCUUUACCAUUUCCUCUUCCAGUUGUUUGAUCUCUGCGCACACACCUUGUUCCUCUGAGCCACUAUGGUAGCACUUUUUUCUCUUCUUUUACCCCACCCCUAAACAAGGAAAAACACCGAAUGUCUACUUAUACAGGAGGUGGAGACCAGAGCAAUACAGUAAUUUGCAAUAAGAGCAAAGAGGGGAUGGGAAAUCUGGAGGGCGCCGGGUCUUUUGGAUCAUAGAGUGACCCUAAAUGUUGCUUCCCUUCAAAAAAAACCCCCAACCUUCUCAAUUCAACUCCCAGUAUUAUUUGUUUGCAAAGAUGUGGAGCUACAGCCACCAUUUUCCCCAGCUCAGCAUUCCCUUGCCUGGUUUGUUUCCUUUCAAGGAACCGCCUCUCUUUCCCUCCCCCAUACCAUGUUCCAGACUCCCUCCCCCCCCCAGCCACUUCCCUUUGCAAAGCAAGCAUCCCUCCCUCCCUUGCAAAGGGCUCUUCCUUUGCCUUCCUCCCCACUCCAUUCCUCCAAUGCACCAUUCAUUUAAGGCACGUUAUUUCUGCUGGCCUCCCCUCUCCCCGUCUGGUCCUUCCACCCCAUUUAUCCGCAGGCUGCUUUGUUUCUAUAUCUCCUCCUUCCACAUUCCAGCUGGAAUUUUCUGUUUUCUCUGCCCUCUGGUUCUGCACCCAUCUGCCUCUUCUACACCAUUCCCUCCAUUCUGCACUUAAGCAUGCUUAUCUGUGGCUUCCAUCCUUUCGGUUUGCAUUUUUUUUGCAGCUCUUCUCCCCGCCCCGUCUGCCUUGCCUCCUCACUGUCUGCAUUCCUUAACAGCAAUUCCUGUAGGUUCCUUAAGCACUCAUCCACCUCGCAUCAUACCCACCUCUCACUCCCACCAUCUUUUCACAUCUGCACAUUUUCUAGCAUCCUUUGAUCAGGUCCCCACCCCACCCCCAACAAGGAUUCCUUUUGUACAUUUUCGCCUCCUUGUGCAUCUACCCUUAUUUCGUACCCACCUCCCAAGAUUUUCAUAAAAUUAAUCAUUUCAAGUCCAGUCUGCUUGGGGAGACAUAAAGCAACCGACCACGGUAGAUGGUAAAGGUGAAGGGACCCCUGCCCAUUAGGUCCAGUCGUGGCCGACUCUGGGGUUGUGGCGCUCAUCUCGCUUUAUUGGCCGAGGGAGCCAGCGUACAGCUUCUGGGUCACGUGGCCAGCAUGACUAAGCCGCUUCUGGCGAACCAGAGCAGCGCACGGAAAUGCCGUUUACCUUCCCGCUGGAGCAGUACCUAUUUAUCUACUUGCACUUUGACGUGCUUUUGAGCUGCUAGGUUGGCAGGAGCAGGGACCGAGCAACGGGAGUUCACCCCAUCGCGGGGAUCCGAACCGCCGACCUUCUGAUCAGCAAGCCCUAGGCUCUGUGGUUUAACCCACAGCGCCACCCGACAUCUCUAAAACAGGGACUUAGGUACACACGACCAAAGGGAAAGCGGAACACGUAGAGAGGUGGUGAAUUUGUUUAAAUUCUUUGACAAUGUGCCAGAAACUCCCAGAUCUCUUGGUGAAGGGUGGAAGGAAUGAAGAGAAAGGAAAGACAGGAAUUCCUGGGUCCUGGCAGUCGCACCCGUGGUUCCAGAGAUUUUAGAAAGGCCACAAACUGAAGGCUCUUUGGAGAGGCACUGCUUGGAAGAGCUAGGACACCUGGGUUCUAUUCCUGGUAAUGCAGCUUCAUCACGAGAUGAUCAGAGUUGACCUACAUCCUGGGGUUAAUUACAGGCUGAGCCUCCAGGAAGCUGCCUAGGGAGGGAAAGCACGUGGUACUGUUUUUGUUUAGACACCAGACCGGUUAGGCAGAACUUGGCUGGCUCCCAGGGCUAAGAAGAAGCAGGUCCCAGGCACCCUGACUUCCCUGCUGUUUCUCCCCUCCACUCACGAGCCUGUCCAUACCUUGGUAACCCUUUUCUCAUUGCUCCCUCUCUUUUAGGGCUUUCGGGGGGCUUCCUCCCGCCACCGCCCACACAGCUUCCCCUCUAGGGACUAUCUGGUUCUUCACAACUCCCCUGAAGCUUCUCCCACUUGCGUGACCCCACCACAAUGGUGAGGCUGUCCAAACCCAAAACUUUCCAAGCCUAUCUGGACAACUGUCACCGACGCUACAGCUGCGUGCAUUGCCGGGCACACCUGGCCAACCACGACGAUCUCAUCUCCAAGGUGAAAAGGGGGAGUGGGACGGUCCCUGGCACACUGCUAUAGCGGGGGGCGGGGGGCAGCUCUCAGCACCAGAGGGGUUGUUUUUCCUCAGUCAGUUGGUUUUCUACACUUGAUCUUAGCCAAAAGGAGGAGGAAGAAAGAAUAGAUAACAUAAAAGUUGGGGGGAAAGGGUCAGGAAACUAAAGGGAGUCCUACUCUGAUUUGCUGAUAUUAGCCCCAUCUCAAUAAUCAGACAGCAAUCAUGUAUCUAGCAUUUUUAGUGUGCCUUUACGAUCUUUUAUCUUUGCUUGUCCUCACAGCAACACUGGGGGGGGGGUCACUUGACAACAAAAUCAAGAAACCGGGUAAAAACACAUUAGCACAAGGAAGCAUUCACAUUUUGCAGUUGUCCAGGACAGCGUGGAUUUCCCAAGGCCAUGUGCAGACUGUGGCAGGCACAGGAUUUGAACUCUGAUCCCUUGGAUUGAAUAUUUUACCUACUGCCGCAGCUCCAGCAUGAAAAGUCUCAGUCGAAACUCACAGCACUGUAUGCUCCAUCCCUUCCACUGCCUAGAGCCCUGGAAUUGGGCCAGGUUAUUCUGGGGAAAUCACCAAGGCUCACCUCCCAAGUGGGCCAGGCUAUAGGCCUAGAAGCUUUUCCUUGGUGAGCAAUUUAUAAAUGUUCAGUAAGGAAGGGGAGGGAUUAGAACACUUGCCAAUUGCGAGAUCAUAUCCUAGGAAGCUACAGUUAACAAACAGGGACUAUUUUAGACUUCCCCAGUGCUCAAAAGUAGAGGGCCGCUGAUCAGAAGUGGAGAAUGAAGGCAGAGAAGGAGGAGAAUUUAGGUGGGCAGCUUACAGGGAGUGGGGGGGGGGUAUUGUCUUUCCAGAGCCUAACAUUCAACUGCCAUCUCCACCCUCUUGUACUUGAGAUACUGCAAGGUCAACAAGUUUGAGCUGCUGGCUGAUUAAUCAUUACACAGAAUCCAGUGUGGAGAGAUGGGGUGUGCCUGAAAACAAGCCAGAGAACAAAUAAGGAAAUGCAGAAGGGAGCUGAGAAACCAGGGCUGAGGCUAAGGACCAUCAGUGGAGGGGGGGGGAGAGAGAGGUAUGCAGCUGGAACAGAAGUCUGCUAGUUAGGGCUGCUAACACCACAAGAAGUCUGUUUAUCUUUAAGGUGCCACGGGACUCCUUUUGUGUUUGCUGUCAUUUGUUUGCCGUAACUAACAUCAUGUCUAUCCCUCUGGAUAUGUUCUCUUUUUUUAACCUGUUUUUUGUGUCUCUUGUCAUUACAGUCUUUCCAAGGAAGCCAAGGUCGGGCAUAUUUAUUCAACUCUGUGUGAGUAUCGCAGGAGGGGAGCAGCAGACUUAAGGCAUAAAACUAUAAAAGACAGCUACAUACAAGGUUGAAGCAGCCAGCAACAACCAACCCUAAACCUUUAUGUGGUCUUAAAAGUGGCUGGGGAAACCCAGCCAGAUGGGCAGGGUAUAAAUAAAUUAUUAUUAUUAUUAUUAUUAUUAUUAUUAUUAUUUUAAAAUGUUAGGUCUACAAGCUUGUGCUCUCAGGUGUGAUGCUUUUCAGUGGAAGAGUGUCCUUUUCCUUGUCUGGGGAGCAUUUUCUUGUGUGAGUUCCCACUUAUAGCUUGAAAAGCUGCAGCCUGGAGACAGAUUUAUGACUGUUCUCUCAUUUUGCCAUACAUAGCGUGGGCUUGUUCACUGGAAGCGCCUCAGAAGCACAGGGCACAAGGUGGGGAUAAUACACUCACUUCCCCAACUCUUAAGGUCAGGAAGGCGGCUGGGUUUAUUCCCGUGCUCAUCAGAGGGGGCGGUUCGUGGGAAGCAGAACUGUGGGCCCUGGCCAAUACCUGCCUAGACUGAGGCCCAUCACUGAUCUAAAGACAAGGUGAAACUCAGACUAGGAAAGCAUCAGGGACUCCAACACCCUCUCUCUUUCCCCCCUUGCAGGGUAAAUGUUGGAUGUGGCCCAGCAGAGGAACGGGUGUUGCUGACAGGCCUGCAUGCCGUGGCGGACAUCUACUGCGAGAACUGCAAGACCACACUUGGAUGGAAAUAUGUGAGUCUCCCUUGGCAUCCCCCACUCCCUGCUCCCCUAAAGACUCACACGCUGCCUUAAAGAAGCUCACGCUUUCGUUCUCUCGUUCUGCAGGAGCAAGCCUUCGAGACAAGCCAGAAGUACAAGGAGGGCAAGUACAUCAUUGAACUCAACCACAUGAUCAAGGAUAACGGCUGGGAUUGAAAAAAACAAACAGAAACAAAACGAUACAAACGCUGCCACCUUUGGACAGCUACAUAUGUAAAGGGUGGAGCGCCAGAAAUGACAAUUUCCACAAGACUUGCCUCUGCCUUCCUAACCAAGGGGCUACCAUCCAAACCACCUUCAGGUGCACGGAAGCUGUGAAGGAAGCAGCACUUCCGCCAGGAGGACAUACUCGGGGCUCGGAUAUGUCGCCAUCGUGUGGCAAGAAGUGGCAGCACACCAGGAGACACCUAGGCCAGGGGCAGUGUGCAAGAAGGGGUUUGGGGUGGGGUGGGGUUUGUUGUACAGAGGGAGUCUGCAUUAAAUCACACAGGCGGGGGGUGGGGAUGUACAGUGGGGCAGGGAAGGGGUGGGUUGUACAGUAUUUGUGAGUUUGUGCGAGUAUGUAUUAUAUAAAUAAAAGCAUUGAAGUG